GUACGUAGCCAAAAAAAUGGCGGACAUCAGAGGCACAAGAGGAGUGCAAGCGCCAGUGUUAUGGAAUGUUUCUGUGCAUUCUGUAAUGACAUUGUGCAUUUUCAUUUUCACAAUAAGAACAGUGUUGGCUGAAUUUAAAAACGAAGAUGCGUUCCGUGCAGGGAACUCUGUCACGUUAUCGACCGCAGCGGCAGCACGAGAUCUACGGUACCUGCUAUAUGAUGUGAAUCCCCCAGAAGGCUUCAACCUCCGCCGGGAUGUGUAUAUCCGCAUGGCGUCCCUGGUAAAAACCCUGGGAAGGCAGGGGGACUGGGUGCUGGUGCUACCUCCCUGGGGUCGCCUCUACCACUGGCAAAGCCCUGACAUCCACCAGGUCCGCAUCCCCUGGGGCGAGUUCUUCAGCAUCACAAGCCUGCAGGCCAACGUGCCUGUCAUAGAGUAUGAGGAGUUCAUUGCUGAGUCUGGGGGCCCAUUUAUUGAUCAAGUCCUUGUGCUGCAGAACUAUGCUGAAGGCUGGACAGAUGGAAAGUGGGAGGAGAAAGUGGAUGAGCGGCCAUGCAUUGAUCGUUUAAUGUACUCGAAAGAUAAGCAGGGCUAUUACAGAGGAUGGUACUGGGGAUAUGAAGAAACACGAGGUCUGAAUGUCACCUGUUUGUCAGCUCAGGGCCAUGCAUCUAUUCUGGCCCCACUCCUUCAUAACAACUUCACAGCAAUGUCAGUUAUGCUGGAUAGAGCAGAGACUGUUCUGCAUGACCAUUAUGCUGGAAAGGAUUACUGGGAUACUCGCCGGAGCAUGGUUUUUGCAAAACACCUGAGACUAAUAGGGGAUGCAUUUAGAGCAAAGUACCUAAAUUCAACUGAUCAAACAGACCAAACUGUGUAUAAUGAAGACUGGACUCGAAUGAUGGCUAAGAUGGGUUCUGCUAUAGGUGGGCCAUACCUUGGGGUGCACCUCCGCAGGAAGGACUUCAUCUGGGGUCACAGAGAGGAUGUGCCUAGUCUCAAAGGAGCUGUCAAGAAAAUGAAUAUCUUGAUGAAGAAGCACAAACUUGACAGAGUCUUUGUUGCCACGGACGCAGAUGAGGAAGAGCUGGAAGAGCUAAAGAGGAUGCUGCCAGAGAUGGUGCACUUUGAGCCUACCUGGGAAGACCUGGAGCUGCUUAAGGACGGAGGAGUGGCCAUCCUCGACCAGUGGAUCUGUGCACAUGCCAGGUUUUUCAUUGGAACUUCUGUAUCCACCUUCUCCUUCCGUAUCAUGGAGGAGAGAGAGAUUCUGGGCUUUGACCCUAAAACCACCUACAACCGCUUUUGUGGGGACAAUGAGACACACUGUGAACAGCCCACACACUGGAAGAUAGUAUAUUGAAGGAAAAUGUGACUCGUGACAUGUCUUUGUUUGAAAGUGCCAAAACCUGUAUUCAAAUUGACAUUUUGAUAUGUUUCAGAACGUUUUUUAUUUCAGUUAUAGAAUAUAUUGGGAUCAUUUUAAUUGUUUUUAAAUGUUUUGUGAAAUCAGGCAUACCAUGACUAGUAUUAAGGCUUACCUCGAGAAGUGAAGACUGGGUGUAAAUCUGACUCAGAUUUUAAAGUUCAAACUUGGACAUCCAUUUCCAUAUUUUAUUUUGUUGCAUGCGUUAUCUUUUUUCUCUUGAUAUUUAAUAGUGUCAUUCACUUAAAGAUUAUUUACAGUCUGUAAUGAAGGGGUUGCAAACUGUCAUAAAGGGAUUAUUAUAUAUGUUUUUACCUCAAUGUCCUUUACACCUAAGCACACUUACACUACUCUGGCUCUCCCUUACAAAAACAUUUAUAUAGUAUUGAACAAUCUGUUCGAUAAUCUGAUCAAUCCAGUAUUUUGUUCUUCUUCAUGUUGCUUAGAUGUGAUUAUAAUUAAUUGUCUAUCAAAACAUUUAUAUUUUUGGUAAACAUUUAAUUUCAAUGGAUGUUGAAAACUUUGUAUAAGUGUAUUUCAAUAGAUCUUAUUCAUUAUCAUUCCACCAUGGAUUCACAAUUUUGUGAUGUCCCAGAGAGUGUGCUCAACAGACUUAUUUUUAUAUGACUAAAUGACAUAACUUAUUUGCAAUUUAUAAUGAUAGAAACACGUUGAAGCAGCACACAAAUUAAGUGAUAUUUUUUAAUGCAUAUGAUGUUACAGCUUUCCCACCACAAAUACUUGAAUUGAUGUCUAUGUGGGCAUUCUGAAAACAUAAACACGAGUACUGUGAGAGUGCAAUAUGAUGUGGAAACUUAUAUGUGGAUUACCUUUUGGUGACUAAAAGGAAGCAAUAGCUGACGUGGUUGCAUUAUCACCUUUCAGGAUGUCCCAAGAGACAAAAAAGCAAAUAUUCAGAUUUAUAAUUCAUGACUUGUUUCAAUAAAUUACAAAUCUGUUUGGUU